CACAGUGGAUCUGAGCAGCUGGCGGGCGCUGCUGGAGAGGGCGGAGAUGGCACCAGAAGAGGAAGAAGAGGAAGAGGAGGAGGAUGAAGAGCAGAGUGGGGGGGGGCAGGAGGAAGAGGAGGAGGAGGAAUAUGGCGCGGGGGGGGCACCAACACAAUGGGAGCGGUACCGACAUGGCGUCCUCACCAUCGGAUGUGUGGGGCUGCCCAAUGCCGGGAAGUCGUCGGUGCUGAACGCGGUGCUGGGCCGUAAGGCCGUCAGCGUGUCACGGACCCCCGGGCACACCCGCUACUUCCAGACCCACUUCCUGACCCCCAACGUGCGGCUCUGCGACUGCCCAGGGCUCGUCUUCCCAUCACGAGCACCACGGGAGCUACAGGUCCUGGCAGGGGUGUACCCCAUCUCCCAGUUACAGGAGCCCUAUUCAGCCGUAGGUUUCCUGGCCUCCCGCCUUCCUCUCCCGUCCCUCCUUGGCCUGCGCCCCCCCACCAACCCAGCGGGAUGGACAGCGUGGGACAUUUGUGAGGCGUGGGCAGAGAAACGCGGUUACAGGACGGCACGAGCAGCGCGACACGACGUGUACAGGGCUGCAAACAGCAUCCUGAGAAUGGCAGCAAGUGGGCAACUACUGCUACAGAUGGAGCCACCGGGGUAUAGCAACCAGUGUGCCCACUGGCGCUCCCACCCGGACACUUCCGGUCUCCGCUCGUUGCUCGUUUCCGGUCCGACCCCGCCCCCACCCGACGGAAGAGCAGAUUCCACUUCCGCUUCCGGCGACAGCGAAGGGGAGGAGCCUGACGAGAGCCCGCCCCCCGCCGGCCGCUCAGCCAAUCCCUUCGCUCUGCUGGGGGAGGACGAGUGUUAGCCCCGCCCCCUCUCACUUUCCCGCCGAGCUCGACCAAUUAAAUAAGGUUUAUUGCCA